AUUUCUAUCAGAGAACAUUGAUCUUAUAAAUCAACGUUCUCUGCUUUUAUUAAAACAAUUUAUAAAUUAAAUAACAAAAACAACUCAGUGGUAGAUUGAAGGUGGUAAAAUCAAAUUUAAAAUCUUGGGAUUAUAACUGCCUGGGGAAUGGUUACCAAACUUUAUCAUUUAAAAAAUAUAACUAAAAUAGUUGUCACAAAAUAAUUGCAUUUUUCGCUGACGUCGCCUGAUGGUAUGCCACUGCCUACGAAAACGAGGAACAAACAAAACAAAACAGUACAUUGAACAGUGAAGAGUUGCUUAAAAUAGGAAAGAACUAAUUUUCUUAUCAAUUCGUGGUGAAAUGAUAACAGCUAAGAUAAUUUAAAAGCACAAAGUACUUAUCCAUAAAGCAGCGAAAGGUAAUAUUCGUUGCCAGCGUCAUAGCAGUACUGUUGCACUCUUAGAAAAUAGGUAAAACAAAAUCAGAACUGACGUGUCAUAAAACGCAAAGGUGAAAUCUAAAGCAGUGCCUCAGCGAAACCAUUCAGAUUUGUUUUAAUAUAAAUAUUUAAAAGAAGAUGUGCGGCACAAAUACAACGAUCACAAAAGGUACUCGCGCUCUGAUACUUGUUGGGGGCUAUGGCACACGGUUACGCCCUUUGACACUGAGUACACCGAAACCUCUUGUUGAGUUCGCCAAUAAACCAAUUUUAUUGCAUCAAUUGGAAGCAUUAGUGAGUGCCGGAUGCUCCCAGGUAAUACUUGCAGUAUCGUACCGGGCAGAGCAAAUGGAACAAGAUCUUAAGCUGGAAGCGGAAAAAUUGGGCGUAAAUUUAAUAUUUUCACAUGAAACCGAGCCUCUUGGCACAGCCGGCCCGUUGGCAUUGGCCAAAGAUAUACUUUGUUCCAGCAAUGAACCCUUUUAUGUACUUAAUUCAGAUGUAAUUUGUGAUUUCCCAUUCAAGCAAUUAGAGCAGUUUCACAAAAACCAUGAGAAAGAGGGCACAAUUGUUGUCACGAAAGUCGAAGAGCCCUCCAAAUACGGUGUAGUGCUGUACGACGAACAGGGUCGCAUUGAAAAUUUUAUAGAAAAACCACAAGAAUUUGUCAGCAAUAAAAUAAACGCCGGUAUAUAUAUAUUUAAUCCAUCCGUCCUGGAACGCAUAGAAGUGAAACCCACGUCAAUUGAGAAGGAAGUGUUUCCUUUGAUGGCCAAUGAAGGUCAGUUGUUUGCUAUGGAAUUGCCCGGUUUCUGGAUGGACAUAGGACAACCAAAAGAUUUUCUAACAGGCAUGUGUCUUUAUCUAACAUCGUUGCGGCAGAAGCAAUCUUCGAAACUUUACACCGGCCCUGGUGUAGUCGGCAAUGUGCUAGUAGAUCCUUCAGCGAAGAUUGGCGAAGGUUGUCGCAUAGGUCCAAAUGUUACCAUCGGUCCGGAAGUGGUCAUUGAAGACGGCGUUUGCAUCAAACGUUCAACGAUUCUCAAAGGUGCUAUGGUUAAGUCGCAUUCGUGGCUGGAUUCUUGUAUAGUUGGUUGGCGUUCUGUGGUUGGCCGCUGGGUGCGUUUAGAAGGAAUUACAGUUCUCGGAGAAGAUGUAAUUGUGAAGGACGAAAUAUAUAUAAACGGUGGCCAGGUGCUGCCACAUAAAAAUAUAGCCGCCAGUGUGCCAGAACCACAGAUAAUAAUGUGAAUAAAAACUGUGGGCAAUCAAACGCAGAAAAUUGGGGGGAGUAUGCGCGUGCUGCAGGAAUACCAAUUAUCGCAAUAUGCUUCAAUUAUUCAUCCUUAUGAGGGGAUAAUACGUGUCAGACUAAGCUUUAUCCUUAAUUUAUCUCAGAACUAUUUCUUUUGUUUUUAUUUAAUAGUUAUAAAUACUCUUGUGAUAAAAUUGAAAAGUGGCUUUCCAAUUUAACCUUCGCGGAUAUAUGUUUCGAGAAAAUAGGUAUACAUAUAUGUAUACAAUACAUAUGUAUAUUUUUUUGAUUGGUGGUGUAUUAUUUUAUUUUCUAGCGAUUGCGUGAAUAUUGCAAAAUUUAUGAACAAAGUCACUUUUCAAUUUGUUCACAAAGUAUUGCUGUUCAACAUUUCCAAGUAGCCUUGCUAAACUUUUUAGUAAAUAUUUUUUAUAUUUAAUGUAUUUUUAAUUAUAAUUUUUUAUAUUUAAUGUGUGCCCAACAUUUAACAUUUAGUGUUUAUGUUGUGGCGAACAUAUAAGUGGACGCAUUGAUACGGAUACGUUCAUAAAAUCAGUUUUUUUUACACAUACGUAAUAUACUUAGAUAAAUUUUGAAUACGAAAUUGUAUUUGGCGCUAAUAAAACAUUUAAGAAUCGAAUUCAGUAUGCAAUAUUAGGGAAUACAAGUCUAUGCAGUGACGUAAUAAAUGAGAAAAUUUGGCUCUAUCGCAAAAUAAAACAAAAUUCAAUAUAAUAAACCAAAA